UGUGACCCGGGCCCGCCGCCCAUGUGGGCCCGCCCACCCCCGGCGCCGGGGACCCACCGAGGGGUCCCGGUGCCCGGGCGCCAGGCCCUGCGGCUGCUGCUGCUGCUGCUGCUGCUCCUGCUCGCGGCCGCGCCGUCGGGACGCGCAGUUCUCUGCAUCUCUGGUGGUUUACCCAAGCCUACGAAUAUUACCUUCUUAUCCAUAAACAUGAAGAACAUCCUACAGUGGAGUCCACCAGAGGGCCUACAAGGAGCUGAAGUUACUUACACUGUGCAGUAUUUUAUCAGAUAUGGGCAAAAGAAAUGGCUGAGUAAAUCCGAAUGUAGAAAUAUCAAUAGGACCUGCUGUGAUCUCUCUGUGGAAACUUCUGAUUAUGAACAUCAAUAUUAUGCCAAAGUUAAGGCCAUUUGGGAAACGAAUUGUUCCAAAUGGGCAGAAACCGGACGAUUCUAUCCAUUCUUAGAAACACAAAUUGGGCCACCAAGGGUUGCUUUGACCACAGAUGAGAAAUCCAUUUCUAUUGUCCUGACGGCUCCAGAGAAGUGGAAGAGAAGUCCAGAAGAAAGUUCUAUUUCCAUGCGACAGAUAUACUCCAACCUGAAGUAUAAUGUGUCCAUAUAUAAUACUAAAUCCAAUAGAAUGUGGUCCCAGUGUGUGACCAACCACACACUGGUGCUGGUCUGGCUGGAGCCAGACACUCUGUACUGCAUCCUUGUGGAAUCUUUCGUCCCAGGGCCACCUCGUCUUGCUCAGCCUUCUGAGAAGCAGUGUGUCCGCACUUUGAAAGACCAGACAUCAGCAUUGAGGGUUAAAAUCAUCUUCUGGUAUGUUUUGCCCAUAUCUGUUACCGUGUUUCUUUUUUCUGCGAUGGGCUACUUCAUGUACAGAUACAUCCAUGUUGGCAAAGAAAAACACCCAGCAAAUUUGAUUUUGAUUUAUGGAAAUGAGUUUGACAAAAGAUUCUUUGUACCCGCUGAGCAAAUUGUGCUUAAUUUUAUCACCCUCAAUAUUUUGGAGGAUUCUAAAAUUUCUCAGAAGGAUUUAAGUGUAAUGGAAAAAGGCAACGAUGUAUGGGAUCUGAAUGAGCCCCACCAAGACCAGGAGCCACAUCAGGCAGAAAUGGAGGUGAAACACUUGGGGUAUGCUGUACAUUUGGUGGACAUUUUCUGUGACUCUGAGGAAACAACCAAGGGUCUGCCCCUAACUCAGCAAGAAUCACCCAGCAGCACAAUGCCCACAGGUAAAGCGGUCAUUGAAUAUGAGUAUGCGGUAAGAACUGCUGACACCUGUGUGGGGCCUGGAGAUCACGACCUCAAUCUGCAGGAGGAGGUGUCCCUCCCAGGACAAUUCUUUGAGCAACAGACGGCUCUGACCAACCUGGGCUCCCCCACACCACUGUAUUCCUACGUCCCUCAGCUGCGAGACUUGGACCAGUGGCAGUGGGUGCACCCAGACACGAGAAAGGAGCCAGAUGAAAAGUCCUCCACCACACUUGUGGAUUGGGACCCUCGGACUGGUAGGCUGUGCAUGCCGUCAUUCUCUAGCUUUGAACAUGACUCAGAGGGAUGCUCACAUCCUGAGUACAAGGAGUUCACGGAAGAGGGCCUUUUGUCUAGACUCUAUGAGGAGCAGGCUCUAGAUGAGCCAUGAGAAGAAAGUGAAGUCUAUCUCAUGAAAUUUAUGGAGGAAUGGGGAUUGUAUGUGCAAAUGGAACACUAAUCCUUGAACUUCCCUUUGCCACACCCCUGCUGUUACAAGGCUCGUGGGUGUAAACAUAGGAGUGAUCAAACAAUAAAGUACGUGGAAUGAAAGACAGUUUACUCAGA